CCGUGCCGGGACUCGGGGCUGUCCCUCGCCGAGGGAGGGGCGGGCUUGGCGCUCGGCCGCCCCGCCGGGAGAGCCGGCCCCGCCGCCACUCGGCAUCCCGCAGCUCCCGGGGCGGCCGCCCCUGCCCCCGGCUCCGCACCAUGGACCGGCAGAGCGUGCUGGACCAGCUCCUACCCGAGCUAAGCAUCCUGCUCAAGCUGCUGGACCAUGAGUACCUGAGUGCCACCACGCAGGAGAAGAAGCUGGCUGUCUCCACCAUCCUGCAGAAGCUGCAGCCACCCACAGGGAAGGAUGCAGACUUCAUGUACAUGAACACAGCCUCCCUGAGCAAUGGCACCAGCUUCGUGGAGUCUCUCUUCGAGGAGUUCGACUGUGACCUGCGGGACCUCCAGGACAUGCAGGAGGAGGAUGGGGACACCAGCAAUGGAGUUGGCUUGGAGCUUACGAGGAGCCAGCCAGCAAAACCUGUUCCUACAGACCCUCCUCCACCACUGCCCACCACCCCCCCGCCUGAGGAUUACUACGAGGAAGCACUGCCCCUGGGCCCAGGGAAGGCCCCUGAGUACAUCACCUCACGCAACAGCUCCAGCCCCCCCAACUCGAUCGAGGAUGGCUACUACGAGGACGCAGACAGCAACUACCCCAUCACCAGGAUGAACGGGGAGCAGAAGAACUCCUACAACGACUCAGAUGCCAUGAGCAGCUCUUAUGAGUCCUAUGACGAGGAGGAGGAGGACGGGAAGGGCCAGCAGCUGACACACCAGUGGCCGUCACAGGAAGCCUCCAUGAACCUGGUGAAGGACUGCAGGAUUUGUGCCUUCCUGUUGCGCAAGAAGCGCUUUGGGCAGUGGGCCAAGCAGCUCACCAUCAUACGGGACGGCAAACUGCUGUGCUACAAAAGCUCCAAGGACCGGCAGCCACACGUGGAAGUGCCCCUGGGCACCUGCAAUGUCAUCUAUGUCCCCAAGGAUGGGCGGCGCAAGAAGCACGAGCUGCGUUUCUCCCUGCCGGGGGCUGAGCCACUGGUGCUGGCCGUGCAGAGCAAGGAGCAGGCUGAGGAGUGGCUGAAGGUGAUAAAGGAAGCGAGCAGUCCAGGAGUGGGCGGGAUGGAAGCCCCCACGUCCCCAGUGAUGCCCUGCAAGAUGGACCUGGAUAAGAGGCUGUCACAGGAGAAGCACACCUCUGACUCGGACAGCGUGGCGACAGGCGAGACCUGCUCCCCCAUGGCCCGCAGGGAGCCCUGCGAGCACGGGAAAGGCAAGAAGAGUGGCUUGGCUGACCUGAAGGGCUCAAUGAGCCGGGCGGCAGGGAAGAAGAUCACCAGGAUCAUCAGCUUCUCCAAGAAGAAGCCUUCCCCUGAGGACACACAGACCUCCUCCACUGAGGAGGACAUCCCAUGCUGUGGCUACCUCAGCGUCUUGGUCAACCAGUGCUGGAAGGAGCGCUGGUGCCGCCUGAAGACCAACACCCUCUACUUCCACAAGGACCGCAGUGACCUACACACCCACGUGAAUGCCAUCGUCCUCCAGGGCUGCGAGGUGGUGCCGGGGCUGGGCCCCAAGCACCCCUUUGCUUUCCGCAUCCUUCGCAAUGGGCAGGAGGUGACCACGCUGGAGGCAAGCUGCUCAGAAGACCUGGGCCGCUGGCUGGGUAUCCUCUUGGUGGAGACAGGCUCCCAGACAGUGCCAGAGGCCUUGCACUACGACUACGUGGACGUGGAGACCAUCGCCAACAUCAUGACAGCCGUGAGGCACUCCUACCUGUGGGCCAGCUCCUCCCAAGACAGCCGGCCGGACUCCUCCCGUGUGGUGUACGACGACGUUCCCUACGAGAAGGUUCAGAUCCAGGAGGAACUGGGGCGGCCGUCAGGAGCCCAGGUGAAGCGCCACGCGUCCUCCUGCAGUGAGAAGUCACGACGGGUGGACCCACAGGUCAAAGUGAAGAGGCACGCUUCGAAUGCCAACCAGUAUAGGUACGGGAAGAACCGGGCCGAGGAGGAUGCCAGGCGGUUUCUGACGGAGAAGGAGAAGCUAGAGAAGGAGAAAGCAGCAAUCCGCAGCGAGCUGGUGUUGCUGCGGAAAGAGAAGAGAGAGCUGCGGGAAACCAUGAAGAGCUGCACAGGGCCGAAGCUGCAGGACCUGGAGCAGCGGGUGGCAGUGCUGGAGGAGCAGUGCCGGCAGAAGGAGGAGCGCCGAGUCGACCUGGAGCUUCAGCUGACCGAAGUGAAGGAGCGGCUGAAGCAGUCGCUGGCAGGAGGGCUGGCCCUGGGGCUGGCUGUAACCGGCAAGGUGGAGAACGGGGAAGCUACAAACAAGCCAAAUGGGAGCCCCCCUGAGCACUUGGUCCCUGUCAACUGUGCAGCCGAACUGCGGAAGAGAAGCGCCUCCAUCCUCCCAGCCAACAAGGGAAAUGUGCUGCGGAAAGCCAAGGAAUGGGAAAAGAAGCAGACUUAAGCUGGGCUGUGGCAAUGCCUGCCAGGCCCCUGCCAGACACUGGGGCUCAUCAAGGAGCUCUGAGCCCCCUUUGUCCCAGGCGAUGGGAAGGCACGUGGGGACAGGCACCCUCCCUUGCCCCUCUGCUGCAGCAGCAUCUGCCGCAUGGGCAACACCACAAACCAUGGGGAAGGGGGCGGGAAAGGGAUUUGGGAGGCUGGGGGGGGAAAGGGGAGUCCUUUGUGGAUCAGAGUCACAUACUACUGGGAAACCCACAUCUCGGGGAGCCACACGUGGGGGCAGAAGCUCAACAGGAGGUGUGUGCCCGUGGUGACAUGGAGAGCAUGGGGGACUGGCGGUCAGCCACCAGCUGCUUUGAUUUAGCAGGAUUAGCGUGUUCCACCCUGGGGAUGCUGGAGGCCAGGCUCACACUUUCCAAAGUGACCAUGGACUCUGGGCAUUUUGGCUGCCUCAGUGUUGGGGUUCACAAGCUGCUCAAGACCUGACCCUCCAGAGACACCCACCAUUCACCUUUCUCACUGCUCUCGGCUCUACAGGGCCUCAUCUCAGGGUUCCUUGUGUCUCCAGCUUGCUGUGCCCCUACUGAGUACCCUUGCCUGAUGUUCCAGGCAGCAAGGGGGAGGGCAUGUUCCUUUGGGAAUGAACAAAGCUCAAAUGUCGGCAUUUGAAAGCAAGUUAACAGCAGACACCUUUUUAACCUUGCUAGUCAGCAAGCAAGUGCUGGGGUUGAGGCUGGAGGCAAACCAGCUCUCUCUGCCCUGACCCCAUGCCAUUCGGGGGGGGGGAGGGUUAGGAGAAGGGCCAGGGCUGUCUCUGGGCCAACAAUUAAUUCACAGCAUUGCUACUGCUGUCAGACAGUUUGCCAAAGCAUGUCAUCAAAAUGGAGCCAAGGGAAGUUGAAAAAUAAUAAAAAGUGCUUUCAGACGAGGGGACUGGAACAAGCACGAGAAAUGGUGGAAGGUGAUUUAGCACAGACAGAAACAGGCAGAGAGGAAUAAAAAGGAAAGGCCCAGGCUUUUGUGCCAGAGACAAUGGAGCAGGCCUGUGACCCAUUUGUGCACACUACUGUCACAAGUAACCUUUGCAACUCUCUCUUUGAAGGCCCCCUUUUUAGUAACUAGAUAAGCAGCUUUUAAUAAAAAUGUUGGCACUGGUA